UGUCUGACUAAACCAAGGAGGAUACCUAUCUAUAGUUGUUAUGACUGUACAUAAAAAUAUAUAUUUAAAUAUGUGCGCUUGAAAAGGCUUUUUUAGUAAAACAUAUGUAUAAUUUGUGGUGCAGAUUUUAUACAAUUUUGUACUUUGAACCUUUAAAAAAAUUGUUGAAUCAUUGAGGAAGUUAAAUAAUAAGAUCGGGUCAUACUUAACGAUUCAAAGUGUAUCACUUACAAUGUGCCGGAUGAUAUUUCUUUCUUGGUUGCCGGUACACGAUGUGACUUAUAUCUCGAAGAUUUAACCUUUUAUUUUUCAAUGAGAAGAGGAAACAUUAUUUCUUAUUCCUAAGUACAAAGAGAACACUUUUUAAGUGACAUUAAACUCUGUUCUUAUCUCAUGAAUUUUGUUAAUAUGUUUUUAAUGCAUAAUAAAUGUGAAAAAUUAAUACAAUCUGUGACACAGCUUAUAGAAAAAUAAAGUAAACUACGGUAUAUUGAUGAAUUUGGUUUAAUCAUAGCUCUACAGUAUUCCAUUAUUAAUAUCACCAUGAACCAUCUACACAGUAAUUUAAUUGCUGCUGCUAUUGGUGUAACUGUUGGUGUUUUGAGCGCUGCUAGUAUAUUUAUUUAUCAUAAAAUUUUAGAAAAUCAGCAGCAUACGACUGUAACCUCUAAUUUAGAUGCUGCGAAUAAAAGAAUUGCUGAAUUGCAAGAAGAAUUAGAAACAUUAAGGUUACAACGCAGUCAGCAGAAGAAGAAACGAAAAGUGACACAAAGAUUUGCUUCUAAUGAUACUACGUACACUGCAACGGAUAAUGAAACCGAUAUUGAUGCUUUUUCCACAGCGGAUACAGAUAUUGGAGAUGAUGAAUUUUACGACUGUUCUGAUAGUGAAAGUAUUAUUGCUGAAAAUGACAUAAGGCUCUCAAAGGAACUGAACCAAUUGGAUUUAAUACUUAAGGAGAUUGACAAGGAUGAAAAUGGAGAUUUUGAUAGCCAAACAUAUUAUAAAUUACAAACUUUGGUAAAAUCUCAUCAUGAUAAUGUAAAUGUAGUAUGGAGGUUUGCAAGAGCAUCUUAUUAUUAUGCAGAGGCUACAAUUACUUCUGAUAAAAGGAAAAUGAUAAUUCUUGAAGGAAUUGCACAUUGCGAGAAAAUUAUUGACAUUCAAAACGCAGAUUUGUAUAAGUGGUAUGCUAUACUCAUAGGGUUAAAUGGUGAUUAUUUAUCGACAGCAGACAAAAUAAAGAAUGGUGUCCAUUUUAAAAAUUAUGUAUUAAUGGCAUUAGAAAUGCAGCCUGAUGAUAAACAAUUACAUUACCUCCUUGGCAGAUUUAAGUUCGAGAUAGCAAAUUUAACUUGGAUUGAAAAAAAGGUAGCAGCAACAUUAUUUUCUGAAAUUCCAAGUGCUACACAUGAAGAAGCUCUCGAUUGUUUUGAAACAGCGGCAAGACUUGGCAAUAAUACUCUCGAUAUACAGUUAUUUAUCAGCAAGUGUAAUAUUGCUCUAAAGCAAUACUCACGUGCGAUUAAUUAUCUUGAUGAAAUAUUAACGCAACCCGCAUUGACAACCGCAGAUGAAAAAAUACUUGCAGAAGCAAGAACACUUCUCAAUAAAUAUUCAGGAUAUCGUUCAUAGCAAAAAAUAAUAUAUUUGUACAUCUGAUUCAUAUUUAAUACAUUUGCAAACAUUAGGAUAUUUAUAUGUAUAAAUACGAAUACAUUAUAUAUUUAUACAUAUAAUGCAAAUAAAAUAUAAACAUACAUAUAAAUAAAAAGCUUAGGCUAUAGAUAAUACAAACAGCUAUGUUAAACGGUUUAUAACGAAUAAUUAUAUAAUAUGAAAUACAGGUACUAAAGAAACAUUUUAUGUAAUGUAACAGGUAUUGUGACUUUUUAUCUUUAAUUAAUUAAGGUUUUAUAGAAGAAUGUAUCUAGAAAAGAUCUGUUUAGAAAGGUACUCCAUAGUAGUAACAUUCUGUGAAUAAAUAAGAUUAUAUACUUUUUUUAAUACAUUUUGAUAUGUAUAUGUACGUAUGUAUGUAUAUUAAUCAAAGCUAUUGUGUUUGAGUACUAUGAAAAACGUAUA